AGGCGGCCCGCGGGGCAGCUUCCUCCCGCUCUCCCUUCCUCGUCCGGCGGCCGCAAGGAGCGGACCAUGGCCCGCAGCCGCCGCGGGGAAGGCUCCGCGCCGGGCACGGCCCCGCCGCCAGGUCCCCCCGGGGGCACCGGGCCCUGGGCUCGGGGUUAGAGCCUCGCCCCGGGGGGCGCGGGGCCAUGGGCACGGCGUCGUCCCUGGUGAGCCCGGCGGGCGCGGUCGGGGAGGUGAUCGAGGACACGUACGGCGGCGGCGGCGGCGAGGCCUGCGAGAUCCCGGUGGAGGUGAAGCCCAAGGCGCGGCUGCUGCGCGGGUCCCUGCGGCGCGUCGGCGGCUCCCGGCCCGGCGGCCUCAUCGGGGCCAGCUUCAAGUCGACGGCCUCGGUGCAGGAGCUGGAGUGCGUGGCCGAGUACGAGCGCCUGAGGAAGGAGUACGAGAUCUUCCGCGUCAGCAAGAACAACGAGGUGGCCUCCAUGGUGAAGAAGGAGGCCAAGCUGGACAGGGAGAACAAGCGGCUGCGCGCCGAGCUGCAGGCACUUCAGAAAACAUACCAGAAAAUACUUAGAGAGAAAGAAAGUGCAUUGGAAGCUAAAUACCAAGCCAUGGAGAGAGCUGCUACUUUUGAACAUGAUCGAGACAAGGUCAAAAGGCAAUUCAAGAUUUUUAGAGAAACUAAAGAAAAUGAGAUUCAGGAUUUACUGAGGGCCAAACGAGAGCUAGAAGCAAAACUCCAGAGACUGCAGGCCCAGGGAAUCCAAGUGUUUGAUCCUGAAGAGUCUGAUUCUGAUGAUAAUUGUACAGAUGUUACAGCUGCUGGGGCACAAUCUGAAUACUGGAAUGGAGGAGUGUUGGGAAGUGAGCCAUCCAUGGGUAGUAUGAUGCAACUUCAGCAGUCUUUCAGAGGGCCUGAAUUUGCACAUAGCUCCAUAGAUGUCGAGGGGCCAUUUGCAAAUAUAAACAGAGAUGAUUGGGAUGCUGCUGUUGCCAGUUUAUUGCAGGUUACUCCUCUGUUUUCCCACUCUCUGUGGAGUAACACAGUGAGAUGUUAUAUUAUCAGUACUGAUGAGACUCAGCCAGAAGUGACCAUCUUCAUUAGAAACUACUCCCCAAAACUUCAGAGAGUCUGUGAAACAAUGGGGUACUUCUUUCAAGUUGUUAAUUUUUCAACAGAGAAUGAAAGGCCUCUUCAGAAUGUAAGAAAAUGGGAAAUUGAAAAAAGUUCAUUAGUAAUUUUGCUCCUGCAUUUAACUUUGCCAAGUUGUUUGUUGGAGGACUGUGAAGAAGCCUUCUUGAGAAAUCCGGAAGAAAAACCUCGGUUAAUUUACCACAGAAGGGAGGAUGGCAAAGUCAGUUCAGUCUCAGUGCAGCAGUUAAUUGAGCAAAUUUCUUGCAUGAACAAAGCAAAGGUGAUUGACCAUGUUGGAGGUAUGGAGGAAGGAGCAUAUGAAAUCUAUAAUUGUGUGGAAAAAAUAAUUAAACAGGAUAUACUGGGGUGUGAAAUGACAGACCUAGAAGGCAAGGAUUUGGGUAAUAAGGAAGACUCCUCUGCUCCUGAAGAAGAAGUUUUUGGUGAUGUAUUGUGGGAUGCACAUGAUGAACAAGAACAGAUGGAAGCUUUUCAGCAGGCCUCUAAUUCAACAUGUGAGCUGGGAUUUGAGAAAUAUUUUGAACGUCUGAAUGACCUAGUAGCAGCACCAGCACCAAUUCCACCAUUGCUUGUAUCAGGAGGACCAGGCUCUGGGAAAUCUCUUCUUCUGUCUAAAUGGAUUCAAUUACAGCAGAAGCAUUCACCAAACACACUAAUUCUUUACCACUUUGUUGGGAGGCCCUUGUCUACUAGUUCAGAAUCUGCACUGAUAAUUAAGCGCCUUACUCUGAAGCUUAUGCAGCACUCUUGGUUAGUAUCACCUCUGACUUUCGAUCCAGCUAAACUUCUGGAAGAGUUUCCCCGUUGGCUGGAAAAGCUUUCUGCACGCCAUCAAGGCAGCAUUAUUAUAAUUAUAGACUCUAUUGACCAAAUACAGCAAGCUGAGAAGCAUAUGAAGUGGUUGAUAGAUCCACUGCCAGUGAACGUGAGAGUGAUUGUAUCAGUGAAUGUAGAAACGUGUCCACAGGCGUGGAGGUUAUGGCCUACUCUUCAUCUUGAUCCCCUCAAUUCCAAAGAUGUUAAAUCUCUCAUUAGUGCAGAAUGUAACUCUGCAAAUGUUAAAUUGACUAAAGAGCAGGAGAAGAAGCUUGAAAGACAUUGUCGUUCCGCCACAACUUGCAAUGCCUUGUAUGUCACUCUCUUGGGGAAAACCAUUGCUUGUGUUGGAAAAACAGGAAAUAUUGAUGAGAUUCUUCAGCAGUGUUGCCAGUGUCAAGACACAGUGUCACUGUACAGGCUUGUUCUGAGAUCAAUUCAGGAAUCAUUGCAGAGUGAUAAAGAGAAAGAUCUUUUGAGAGAGAUACUGUGUGUCAUUGGUGUCAGCCACAAUGGGGUGAGUGAGUCAGAGCUGAUGGAGCUUUAUCCUGAGCUGACUUCUGUAGUGCUGGCCUCACUUCUUCAUAGCCUGCACAAAAUGUGUCUGCUGACAUAUGGCUGUGGUUUGCUGAAGUUCCAACACCUCCAGGCUUGGGAGAUGGUAAAACUAGAGUAUAUGGAAGCAGGUGAAAAUGUUAUUUCUGCCUAUAGACAAAAACUAGUGGAAUAUUUUACCAUGCAGUUAAGUCAAGACCGAGUGACUUGGAGAAGUGCAGAUGAACUUCCCUGGCUCUUCCAACAGCAGGGAGAUAAGCAAAAGCUACACAAGUGUCUUUUGAAUCUCUUUGUGUCCCAAAACCUUUACAAAAGGGGACAUUUUGCAGAACUGCUGAGUUACUGGCAGCUGGUUGGGAAAGAUAAGAGCUCUAUGGCAGCUGAGUAUUUUGACUCCCUGAAAGAAUAUGAAAAAAGCAGUGAGGGAGAGGAAAGUAUGAUCUGCCUGGCUGAUCUUUAUGAGACCCUGGGACGGUUUCUUAAGGACCUAGGUCUUCUCAGUCAGGCUGUAGCUCCUCUGCAGCGCUCUCUGGAGAUUCGAGAGACUGCGCUGGAUCCAGACCACCCCAGGGUGGCACAGUCACUCCACCAGCUGGCAGGAGUGUAUGUUCAGUGGAAGAAGUUUGGAAAUGCUGAACAGCUGUAUAAGCAGGCAUUGGAAAUCUCUGAAAACGCCUAUGGAGCUGAACAUCCUCGGGUGGCCCGUGAACUUGAUGCACUUGCAACCUUGUACCAAAAGCAGAACAAAUACGAACAAGCUGAGCAACUGAGGAAAAAGUCCUUCAAAAUACGCCAAAAAGCAGCAAGGCAGAAAGGCAGUCUGUGUGGCUUUGCUCUCCUGCGUCAAAGAGCCCUGCAACUGGAAGAGCUCACGUUAGGCAAGGAUACAUCAGAUAAUGCUCGAACUCUAAAUGAGCUUGGAGUCCUCUACUACCUGCAGAAUAAUCUUGAGACGGCAGAGCUUUUCCUGAAGCGCUCAUUGGAAAUGCGGGAGCGAGUCCUGGGAUCUGAUCACCCAGACUGCGCACAGUCUCUGAACAACCUGGCAGCCCUGUACAAUGAGAAGAAGCACUAUGACAAGGCUGAGGAGCUCUAUGAGAAAGCUUUGGACAUCAGGAGGAGAGCCUUAGCUCCAGAUCAUCCCUCCUUGGCUUACACUGUGAAACACCUGGCAGUGCUGUACAAAAAGAUGGGAAAGCUUGACAAGGCUGUUCCUCUGUAUGAGCUAGCAGUUGAAAUUCGACAGAAGUCAUUUGGCCCAAAACACCCGAGUGUAGCAACUGCUCUGGUAAACCUGGCUGUCCUUUACUGUCAGAUGAAAAAACAGAUUGAAGCUUUGCCCCUCUAUGAACGCGCACUAAAGAUUUAUGAAGACAGCUUUGGCCAAAUGCAUCCUCGCGUGGGGGAAACAUUGAAAAACUUGGCUGUGCUAAGCUAUGAAAGGGGAGACUUUGAGAAGGCAGCUGAACUUUACAAGAGAGCUAUGGAAAUAAAAGAAGCAGAGACUUUGUUGAUAGGUGGAAAAGCAACUUCUCGACACUCAUCAAGUGGAGACACAUUCAGCUUAAAAAGUGCAUUAUCACCAAACGCUUUGCUGGAACAUGGACAAAGGUGAUACAAACCUGCUCCAAGAAAAGGCAGUCUCUAUAUUCAAGUAGACAGAAAAUUACUAAGACAAAUCCAUUUUUCCAAGGAUUAUGUACUGUUUUGGGACUGACACCUGUCUUCAUGAAUUCUGCCUUAACUUUGCAGACUGUAUGGUACAAAGUGAGCUUCUUUCAUUGUUCAUAGGUACACAUGUUAGUCACUAGUCAAGUUGUAGCUAAUACCAAAACCAUGGACUUGAUGCCUCCUAGCCUAAGUGCCAGGACUAUAACAAAUUAAACUGAACCACUUGUACAAACUAACUCUAAGACGCAUUUCUUACUUCUGUGUUGUAACAGCAUGGCUUAGAGAUUUGUGUAUUUUUGUAUCAUCGAUCGUUCCUGCUUUUUUACAAGCCUUUAAAGUUGUUUCUGAAGAAAUAGUAAUUUUGAAAAAAACUUUGAAAAUACUGUUUAACCUCAAGCUUUACCUGCAAGGAUAUUUCAGCUUAAGCAAACUUUCAUUCAAGGGAGUUGUGCAAAAUUAAGUGGUUUCCUUGGGAAACUAGGGUAUCUAAAUAUAUCAUGGUCAUCUACAGUUAAAGCUGUUGAAGGAUUCCACUCUGUUCAAUAAAAAUACUUCCAGUGAGGAAUCAGAGUGAAGAUGAUUAUGGCCAGAUUUCCUGUUCUUAAACCUUUAGCAGUACACCUACUGUUUAGUCUUACUGAAUCCCUUAAAACACAAGAAUGUUUGUAUUAGCUGGGAAAACCUAGUGAUGCAAAGUAGAUUGCCAUCAGAUAAAGAAAUAUUAAUCAAA